GCAGGACCUCAGCAUUUGACCCUUUAUUACAAAUGGAGGAACAUGAAGAUAUUCAAUACUGUUUUCAAGAUACAAACUCUUCUUGCAGAAAGGCUUUGCUAUGGACAUCUAUCUACAUAACACUGUACAUCUUAUUCUCAUUGAUUUCAGCAGUUACAGUAUUUUUGAACCUACUGGUGAUCAUCUCCAUCUCUCACUUCAAGCAGCUCCACACUCCAACCAAUCUACUCAUCCUCUCUCUGGCUGUGUCAGAUCUCCUGGUGGGAUUGAUUGUGAUACCAAUAACAACAGUAGCAGUAAUGGAACCAUGCUGGGGUUUUGGGGAAUAUUUCUGUGUGUUUUAUUUCUACAUCACUUGUUUGUGUGCUUCUUUAUCUCUGGGCAAUUUGGUCUUGAUAUCCAUUGACCGCUAUGUUGCUGUGUGUGAUCCCUUAUUGUACCACUCUAAAAUAACAAUAACAAGAAUGAUGUGUUGUAUAUCCAUUACCUGGUGUUGUUGUAUCAUAUAUUAUGCAGCUACUGUAAACAUUUUUGUAAAUGUACAGGUACCAAGUAGGUGUUUGAAAGAAUGUUUUAUUGUUGAAGGAGUAACCUGGGGUACUGUAAUUGACCUUGUAAUUACAAUGGUUGUCCCAUGCUCUAUUAUUAUAACACUUUAUAUGAAAAUCUUUGUGGUGGCCAGAUCACAGGCCAGAAAGGUAUUUUCAAAAGAGGCUGCCUGUGUGUUUGGUGUUAAAACUGUACAGGCAAAUAAGUCUGAGAGAAAAGCAACAAAAACUCUAGCUAUUGUUGUUUUCACCUAUCUAAGCUGUUGGAUUCCAUUUCAUUUGUAUUUACUUUUUCUUUUAAUUGACAAUUUAUCGUCAUUCAUCAUCAGCUUUUUGCCACUUCUUAAUUCCUUAAUUAAUCCAAUAAUUUAUGCUUUCUUUUAUCCAUGGUUCAAAGUGACAUCUAAGCGUAUUUUAACUCGGUUGAAGUUAAGGUGUUCAUAGUUCCUAUGUUUUUAUUCAUAAGUUUGACAAACACAGGUUAGAUAUAGUCAUGUUAUACUGUCAUGUUGUAAUUGCCUCAUUCAUGUAACAAUACGCUGACAUUACUUAACGCUGUGUUGUCAUAAUAGAUACAUGUGAUGUUGAUACAGAAAGAUUUGACUGGUUUGGAAAGGAAUGACUUGGAGAAGGCAUAAGAAGGCAUUAGCUUGUUUUGUUAAAGACAUUGUAAUAAAUUUGGGGUGUAUAUUCCAAAUGACAAAGUCUCUGGUUGAUGCAUGUUAUUAAUGAUAAAUGGUAUGUAAGAUUUAUGAAAGUACAUUUUGAGGACGUCAUGGAUCAUUCCAUACGUUCAUUAACAUCACCCUCUAGUAGGUCAUAUGAUUGAGUG